AUGGCUAAAUCCAUCGACACUCUUGAAGCAUACAGUUACCAGUUUAAUGUUAAAAUUGUGGGUAUGCCAGCUACAACGCAAAAUGAAACCUCCGAUCAAACUGUAGCUCUCUGCCUUAGGCUGUUUGAAGCCCUUGGAGUUGAAGAGGUUUCGCUUAACGACAUCGAUAUUGCUCAUCGGAUGCCGAGCCGUUCUGCCUCGAACAGGUCGAAUGCUAUCGUUUGCAAAUUUACUCGAAGACUGGCAAAGGGAAAAGUUAUGGCUGCGAGAAGGAGAUUGGAGAACCUGGAGGCGUCACAGUUAGGCUUCCCUGACGAUUUUGAUAUCAGUCAUAUUAACUUGUAUGAUCAUCUAACUCCUCGACUUCAGGAGCUUCUCUUCGAGAGCAUGAAAUACAAGAACGUCAAUAACUUCAAAUUCUGUUGGGCGAAAAACGGAGCUGUCUGUCUGCGGAAAACGGAAACAUCAACAGUCAUAAAGCUAACAAGCCUAGACGAGUUAAAUGAACUUAGGGGGUCACGAUAA